GGCGCUCUCUUAUUUCAAAGUCUCUCUCUCUCUCUCUCUCUCGGGACUUGGAAGGGUGUUUGGCUGAGGCUAUGAAGGCCUGAGAGUUUACGGUAUAGAAGAUCGGCAAUGACGGUGUUCGCGCACUCUUCCGGCGGGUUUCUCGCCGGGAAGCAGGUGUUUCCGGUAGAUUACGAGGCAGAGGUGUCGCAGAGGUUGGUGGAUGCUUGCGUCUCCGGCGACGUCAAGGGGGCUCUCGAGUGCGUCGCCGAUCCCUUCGUCGAUGUCAACUUCGUCGGCGCGGUCUGCCUGCGGGCGCGCCGGGCGGAGGUCGUGCUGCGGGAGGAAGCGCCCGACGAGGUCGUCGCGGAGAGCGAGGAGUUGAGGACGGAUGCCACGCCGCUCUUCCUCGCCGCCCACACGGGGAACGUCACGCUCGUGCGGAAGCUCCUGAUCGUCGGUGCUGAUGUGAAUCAGAAGGUGUUCAGGGGGUUCGCGUCGACAGCUGCUGCCAGAGAGGGCCACACUGAGAUACUGGAGAUAUUGUUGAAGACAGGGGCUUCCCAGCCAGCAUGUGAAGAGGCCCUGCUGGAGGCCUGCAGCCAUGGCCGUGCGAAGCUUGCUGAGCUGUUGAUGGCAUCUGAUAUGAUCAGGCCCAACGUUGCAGUCCAUUCACUAGUUACCGCCAGCUGCAGGGGGUUCACCGAUGUUGUUGCGACCCUCAUUAAGUGUGGGGUGGACGCAAACGCGGUGGACAGAGUGCUUCUUCGUUCAUCCAAGCCCGCUUUGCAUACUAAUGUUGAUUGUACAGCCCUUGUUGCAGCCAUCGUGAGUAAGCAGGUUGCUGUAGUGAGGCAGUUGCUGCAGACCGGCGUUAGGACCGAUUGCAAGGUCAGACUUGGAGCAUGGUCAUGGGACUCUGUUACAGGGGAAGAGCUCCGGGUUGGUGCAGGCAUGGCAGAGGCAUAUGGCCCAGCCUGGUGCGCCGUCGAGUACUUCGAGUCCUCCGGAACCAUCCUACAACUGCUUAUGCAACACCAUCCACCGACCAUCAGCAGCUUGUACCAAGGGAGGACCUUGCUUUUCUAUGCCAUCCUGUGCUCCAACCUGCGUGCAGUCGACAUGCUUCUGGCAUUGGGAGCAGACCUUGAGUUCGUAGCAAGGUCAAAAUCAGGACACGAAUUCAGGCCUAUCCAUUUAGCAGCUAGGCUGGGGCACGCCGCCAUCCUCAAGCGCCUCGCGUCUUCAAAAUGCGACGUAAAUUCCUGCACAGACUCUGGCGAAACGGCGCUUAUGGUUUGUGCCAGAGCCAGGCAGGAGGAGUGUCUGCGGGUUCUCCUUUCAUCUGGCGCUGACUUAGGAGUCGUGAAUAAGGUGGGGCAAUCUGCUGCUGCCAUUGCAGAGUUGAACAGUUGGACGUCCUGUUUCAAUAGAUUGGUGCUUGAUACAGUCCGGUCCGGAAAGAGGAUCACAUCAAGCAGGCAUAAAGUGUUUUCGCCGCUCCUUCUAGCAGCUUGCUGCGGGGAUGUUGAUGCACUGAAAGUGCUGAUCAAGCAGCCUGAGACCAACCUGAAUGAACAGGACGGAGACGGCUUCUCUGCUGUCAUGCUUGCAGCUGCUGAAGGUCAUGUUGCUGCAUUCCGCGUGCUUAUAUUUGCUGGUGCUGAUGUGAAGCUCCUCAACAGUGCCGGUGAUUCUGCAAUGUCUUUGGCCGAGUUGCAUAAGAACAGGGACAUGUUUGAGAAGGUGAUGCUGGAGUAUGCACUAGAGAGAGGCAGCCGGACAGGAGGGUUCCACGCACUGCAUUGUGCUGCUAGGCGUGGGGAUUAUGACGCUGCAUUGCAGCUUCUAACCAGCCGCGAUAGAGAUGACGUGAACAUGCUUGAUUCGGAAGGCUACACGCCUCUCAUGCUCGCAGCUCGCGAGCAACAAUUGGAACUCUGUAAACUGCUCAUCUCUCAUGGUGCAGACUGCGAAGUUGUGAACCAAAGGGGCGAAACUGCGUUGAUCCUCGCCAGGAAAAAUGGUGGUCGUGGGAAGGACAUAGAGAGCGUGAUACUGGACAAGCUUGCCCGCGUUCUCGUUCUCAGGGGUGAGAGAGUGCAGAAGCAUACAAAGGAAGGCAGGGGAGAGCCGCAUCCCAAGGAGCUGCUGAUGGUAGCGGGCGGAGGGGUGUUGAGCUGGGGCAAGUCGCAAAGAAGGAACGUAGUUUGCAGGGAGGCCGUGGCAGGUCCGAGCAAUGCCUUCAGAAAAAACCGCCGGCAGAAAGGCGACGCGGACGACCCAGGAAUAUUCCGAAUUGUGACCAAGAACAGGGAGGUGCAUUUUGUUUGUGCAGAUCUUGAAAAUGCAAAGCUAUGGGUCCGGGGGAUCAAGCUCAUCACAGAGGAAGCAUCUGCCUGCGGUAGCAAAAGCCAAUCGGAACUCAUGUGAGGGGGUCCAGAUGCUGCGACUGAAUCUUUUUCUCUCUCUCUCUCUCUCUCUUGUACAUGAUGCUUGUGGGAAACGUCGUGCUUCGUCUCCGAGUAUGUAUCUUGUGCUUCCGUUUCGUCUUUCCAUGUAAAAUUGUGAAAGAAGAGGACGCCAUCUCUCUUUGUACAGUUUUUAGGUCGUGUCUUGGGGAAAGAGUGAUACUUCUUCUCGAAGUAUGGGUUUUUUGGGUCCGUCCUGUCUUCUUCCGUUGUAAAAAUUUUGAAAGAGGGAGGAGGUAAUGUACCAGGUGUACUUAGCUUAGAAUUUGUUUUC